UUGUUUGAAAUGAUGCUUCCCUCUCCUGUCAGAAGGUUCUGACUAUAAAAUGCAUUGUAAUUACUCUUUGAUGCAAAGUGAUAUGACACUUUGGCUGUUUGUUUGCUGCUAUGAAAUUCACUUUUUUUAGGAUCCAUAUGAACAUGCCAUAUAGUUUCAUCUCCAUUAGUGUCUACUGACUAAACAUUUAACCAUAAAAAUGGCCCAAUAGAAACUAUAAAUCCCUGAAAAAAUACCAUUGACAUGAAGACAUGAAAAGGACAUGAUGGGUGCUGCACAUAACUGACUUGACAGCAUGGUGUUAUAGAACAGCCUGCCAUCUGUGGUUGUCAUGGUAACAUUUAUGGUAUCUGCACUGGCAAAGGUCUUCAGCAUCUAAAAAUAAAUGCUGUUUCAUUAUGAGCACAGAGCCACUGCAGAAUGAUGCCUGUUACAGACAUGCUUGAGAUAUACGCUUCAGUAGCGUGCUGAUUGAAGGAGGUGCCAGUGAGAUGACUGACCUCUGAUUCAGAUACUGAACGAGUAUGCCUGGAGGAAGGAGUGAGAAUGCAUUCAGCACCAAGGCUGGGACUCACUGUGAUGAGAUUACGGAGACAGGGGGGUUAGUCUCUGUGUCACGAAGCAGCAGCUACUGCAAAAAUGAGUCUCCAUGAUGGACGAAUGACCAGCAACGGUGACGCACAUUUGGAAGGCAUGAAGGUGCAGGAUCCCUCAACCCCAACUAGGAAACCUCAACCUCCCAAGCCUGAAAAUGCCAUCACUAUUGCUGUGUCAUCACGUGUGCUCUUCAACAUGGACCUGGAACAGCAGAUCUUUGAACAGAAGGGCAUGGAGGAGUACCUGAAGUACCAGAUUGAACAUGAGACUGAACCAUUUGCACCUGGACCUGCUUUCCCCUUUAUUAAGGCUCUGGAAGCAGUCAAUGUGCAGCUGAGACAACUCUAUCCAGACAGCGAAGAGCUCUUUGAUGUUGUCCUGAUGACUAACCAUCAUGCCAAUGUCGGGCUCAGACUCAUUAACUCAAUCAACCAUCAUGAGCUGUUCAUCGAGCGCUUCUGUAUGACUGGAGGUAAUAGUCCAAUUGGGUAUCUGAAAGCCUACCACACCAACCUGUACCUGUCUGCCGAUUCAAAGAAAGUGAUGGAGGCCUUAGAGGAAGGGAUAGCGGCAGCCACCAUGUUUAAACCAGAGAAAGCAACGGAGGUUUCAGAAACACAGCUGCGAGUGGCCUUUGAUGGAGAUGCAGUGCUGUUCUCGGAUGAGUCGGAGAGAAUCUUUAAAACGGGAGGCUUGGACAAAUUUUUUGAACAUGAAAAGGCCCAUGAAAACAAGCUACUUGAUCAUGGUCCACUGAAAGGAUUCUUGGAGGCUUUAGGAAGACUGCAAAAGAAAUUCUUUGCUAAAGGCCAGCGUAUGGACUGUCCCAUCCGCACCUACCUUGUGACUGCUCGCAGCGCAGCUAGUUCAGGUACACGUGCCCUGAAGACCCUGCGUUCUUGGGGCCUAGAGACGGAUGAAGCCCUUUUCUUGGCUGGAGCACCAAAGGGCCCUAUGCUAGCAAAAAUCAAGCCCCACAUUUUCUUCGAUGAUCAAAUGUUUCAUAUUGAAGGGGCUGCAGAGUUGGGAACUGUGGCAGCUCACGUUCCCUAUGGAGUCGCCCAAAAAGUGCCAUCAAAGAAACCAAAUGACACGAGUGAAAAAAAUAAAUAAAACAACAUUGCUUAAUGGCAUGAAAUAUAUUGUGUUGACAAAAUUUGUUUUUAGCGGUUGGUGCCUGCCUUGAAUGUUCUUCAGAGUGACAUAUUGUACUGUACUAAGAUUUUAUAAUAUGUAAUGUACCUAGAGUAUUCUGUUUUAGCUAAACAAAAUCUGUGAAGUCAGGUGAAGCUACAGAUCAAGAGGAUCAAGCCAUAUAUGUUUUGCUGGCUGAUUACAUAGAGUGAAUUUAAUACAGCAAGGGAAUGUAAUGGAUGUACUUUAUGUGCCUUCUAGGUGAUUUUAUGUCUAUUAGAUUAUUCUGUGAUGUGCUUUUGGAUCAUUUUGAUAAGUAUGUGAGUAUAUUUUGUCAAAAACCGUAAGUGUCUGCAUGUUUUAUUGUUGGAUCUCGUAUAUGCAACAUUUUGUUUCUGUGAUAUACAAUUGUUCCAUUAAUGUAACAGAUAUUUAACUCUGUGAAAGAUUUACCAAUUGCUCUAACCUCUAGGUAAAGCAAAAAAGAGUUUUAUGAUCUUAUAAUGGUGUUUAUUUCCAGCCACUUUUCUAGCCAAUUCUCACCACCUAUGUAGCUAGAUGCUUUAUAUGCAUUUUUAUAAGCCAGGACAGAAUACAAAAAAAUGCAGGUCUACUGGUGAUUGGAUUAUUUAAAAAUAUUUAUCUAUGUGCAUAAAGAAAAAGUUUACGAUAUAUAAAAAUAUUAAUAUAGCAGAGACUGUAUAAUGCAAAUGAAAAAUGUUUUUUUUUUUUUUUUACAUAAAUAAAUAGAUGCUCUAAUUCACCUUA